AUGCCGGAGCCUGCCCCGGUGAUCAGGCGGAUCCGCAAGGAGCUGAAACAGCUCUGGAUGGACCCGGCGGCGUUCUGCCGGCCCGGCGCGACGCCCGUGACGGACCUGUUUCACUGGGAGGUGAUCAUCGACGGCCCCCACGACAGCCCCUACGCCGGCGGCACGUUCCCCGUCGACGUCGCCUACCCCAAGGACUACCCCUUCAAGCCCAUCAAGCUCACCUUCAAAACCAAGGUGUACCAUCCCAACAUCGGCCCGGAGGGGAAGAUGGCGCUGGACAUCUUCGGGAGGGGGUGGUGGCCUAAUCUCACGAUAAGGACAGUCCUCCUGUCCGUCGUCUCCGUCCUCUACGACCCCCUGCUCGACCUCCCCGUCCGCCACGACGCCGCCCGGCUGUACAAGCGCGAGCGGGGUCUCUAUGAUGAGAAGGCCAGGCGCUGGACCCGCAGGUACGCCUCGGCGCCGGUCGUCUCCUUCUAUCCGGCGGGGAUGGAGCUGUUCGAGGAGCUGCUGGAUGAGGCGGCGAUUAGUGGGGCAGUGGCACGCCGUCGUUCUUGCGGAGCAGGGAAAUGGCGUUUCUUCGGGGGCCGCCUCCUCGGCGCCAUCUAG